AUGACUGAAAAGCUUGAAGGAGAUCUCGCGCUUGUCGUCAACGUUGAGCCACUCGAGUUAGCGAUUAUUCAAUCAAGUGCAGAGACGUCAAAAUGGUUGCUGGCUGAUGAAAAGCUCAAGCCUCAAGCCAAAGAAAUCAAGGAGUCGCAAGCCGAAGAACCGCCUCGAACAAGUCCAAUACAACCAAAUUUGUUGAUUCCGGAAGAAGGCUUCAAGUUUUCAUCAAAAUUUCAGCCGUGGAAGUUGCAUCAAGAAAGGAGCUAUGGGCCCGCAUCCACCAACGACAAGAAAGAAGGAUACAUGCUUGCCGUUUAUUUGGGUGUUUACGAUGACGCACACUUUUUCUAUAACGAGCAACGAGUUUACGCAAUCAUCCCACUUGAGUCGUUCAACUAUGAAACGUAUCGUGUUUCAAUGAAAGACUUAAUCCCUGGAAGAAAGUGUAUGGUGGAAACACAAAUUCACAAACGCCAGAACUCGCCCAACAAGAACAGUUUCGUCGAGCGGAAAGUUGUGUCGCCGAUUCGCCUUCUAGACGACUAUUACAAGGCUGUGGUCAUGAAAUCGAAGCAAGGAGAGAACUUCAUUUUAAUGGAAGUGAAACUCGGGCCGUAUGUGAACGUGAACACAAUAAAAAACAAAGCAAUCGCUAUUCACGAGGAAGUGAUCGAAGGAAAGAAUCUUUAUUCAAAAAAAAUCCAUCAAAAAGUUCACGAUUGGCACGAUUUUCAUACAAAGAAGAAGCUGGAUCAUGAAGAGGACUUUAUAGCAUACAUCUAUUUGGAGAGAAAUCCAGCGAAUUCCUUGGUUCCUUUAUGGAUGAUCGCGCAUAUUUGCGGUGGAACAAAGAAAAAGAAGAAAGUCGUGAAAACAGAGGUCCAGGAAUCGCUUUCCAUUGGGGACAAGUUUUUAGAGCAAAAUGGUCCAAGCUCGUCUUGUGCUUUCCAAGAUUCAUCACCGACUGUAGAAGCCAAACGGUUCAAUCUAAAAGAUGUUCAGCAACGCCAGGAAUCCACUGGACAAGGUUUUGAGGGUAAUCGACAACGAGAAAUACCCGUUCAAGAUUAUCGUGCUUGUGGUGUGUCCACUGGUGAUCACUGGAAUGAAGUACAUGGAUAUUUACGAAAUUUGCCGAACCAUCAAGACUAUUGGGGUGAUGAGGAACAAGACCGGGAUCAUUAUAUGUCAGCUCACGAUCGCCACCUAUCAAGAUCAGACUCACCGUAUCAAGAUCAGUAUCACGCAAGAAGAGAUUCUUUAAACCAACUCGGUUUUGCCUCACCACGACGAUCACCGAUUGAAGUUUAUGAGCCACCGCCACAAUAUGAGGAAUUAAUGAGAUCUCCGACUUCAAUGAAUCGAGGACAGAGGAAUCAAUUUGCUUUCCCCGAUCAAUCACGAAUCGAAAGCGCGUAUUGUUCCUCAACUCAUUCAUCAUCGCAAAUCGCUUCUUCAGCACCAACGCUUUCUGCUUUCUGCCCGCAUGAGAUUGGUUCAAAGGAAUGGAUGUCAGCGCUUUGUAGAGAUUGGACAAUGAACCCAAAAGUGAUGGCAGUGUUGAUGCAAGAGAAAAGCCCGAGUUUCAUGGAAAUU